AUGGACGAGGAACCCUCCAAAUCUCCGGUGAAACCCGCCGCCGCCGCCGAUUCCGAGACUGAAUUGUUUGUAAGCUCGUAUCUCGUUAAAUCUAUCGCAAGGCACGGUCUUGAUGAAGACUAUGUGAAACAGAAAUGGAGAUCGGCUCCGGUGGAGGAUAAGAAGAGAAUUGAGGAGAUGUACAAGCUCUUACGCGCAAAAGAGGUAGAGUAUGUGCUCUUCAAGACUCAGUUUUUGAACGAGACAAAUAUUGUUGAAUGA